GCGAGGGAGACCUAGGAUCUGGUCCUGUCCUACACAUUGCCCUGGGUUGAGGCGUAUGCGGGAGGAGCAAAGGGGAGUCGCUAUGCACGCCCCCUCCGGGUUGGGGCCCUGCCACGUGAGGGGCGCCUUGGCUGCGGUGCCUGGGACCUCCUCCCCUGACGGCUCUCGUGCCCUUUCCUCAGUGCCCACGGUCUCGCUUCCCGAACUCCGUUUGCUCCUAGCUUCAGGCCGGGUCCGGCUCUUCGACGUGCGAUCUCGGGAGGAGGCGGCAGCUGGGACCAUCCCCGGAGCUCUCAACAUCCCGGUGUCCCAGUUGGAAAGUGCCCUGCAGAUGGAGCCAGCUGCUUUCCAGGCUUUGUACUCCACCGAGAAGCCAAAGCUGGAUGAUGAGAACGUUGUUUUCUUCUGUCAGAUGGGCAAGCGGGGCUUCCAGGCCACGCAGCUGGCUCGAAGCCUCGGAUACACGGGGGCUCGAAACUAUGCUGGGGCCUAUAGAGAAUGGUUGGAGAAAGAGGGUUAGGUAAAAAAGUGACCACUUUAACUAAGGGUGAUGAAGAAGGGCCUGGCUUGCUGGGUUGGGCAACUCCUUACUAUGCUGUGCACACAAAGCAUCAAAUAAAGAGUUAAU